UAAACAAAUUUUUUCUUAACUUGAUCUCGCACUCUCCACCGCCUCUCCGCCGCUAACGCAGUCGGAGCUUACGUGACCCCGCCGGAACCGCAGCAUUUCUCCUCCCCCUUCCCCGUCUCCACCACAGUCCUCCGCGCCGCCGCCGCCGCUCUCGCCGGAGAUCCCCACGCGUGUGCGUAUCGGCCUACAGAAGAGCUCGGCCGCUCCCCUCGACUUAAUCUCGCCGUGCCCGCCACCUCCCGCUCGCUGUCCCGAACGGCGUUCCCUCCGGCUGUUGCCAAAUUCCGCCUCUUGGGGUUCACCUGGAGCCACCACCGUCUGACGCCAACCAUUAAUCGAUCGUGGCAAUCCGCAAAGAAGAUGGAGAUUGAACUAGUCGGGCUUCUGAGAGUGGCAUGGAUUGCUGGGAUUUUGCCUUUGUUGGUCGCCUCAUUGCCUUUUCGGAGACUCAGUCGACUUCAUGAGGCCUUGAUGGGGUUUGCCAAGAGGGGCAAGAUCAUGCAUUCCUCUUCGUCUAAAUUUACUGUCCCUCAAAGGUUCUUCACUCAUUUUUAUACGCUAGCUGUCGUAUGGACAGGGCUUCUGCUUGCUGCAACAUGGAUUUAUGCAUAUAAAAUGGCACCUAUGGCCUCAGAGCCCUUUCUUUACUCUUCUAUUGCCAGCCACUUGACAGGUGGCUCGCAUCCUUUUACAUUGCAUAGAUCUCGUUCAACUCCACUAAAGCAUAGAUACGUGGUUUGGAAAUCAGUGUUUCUGCUUCUAUUAAUGGAGAUCCAAGUUUUGCGGCGCCUUUAUGAGAAUAUAUAUGUGUUUAACUACAGCCCAUCAGCUCGGAUGCACAUAUUUGGCUAUUUAACUGGACUUUUUUUCUACACUGCUGCGCCACUGUCACUUUGCAGCAAUUUUGUGGUGGAAGUAUAUGAAUUUUCAGCCAAUCAAGUGUCUGAGUUCAUUGUCAGAGGCAAAGAUCACAUGGCCUCUGGUGAAUUUGAUUGGUGGGAGUUUGUCAAUCCUCUUAUGAAGCUUGGAUGGCAUCACUGGAUUGGUGCUAUUAUCUUUUUCUGGGGUUGGAUUCAUCAGCAUCAGUGUCAUAGAAUUCUUGGCUCCCUACGUGAAUGCAGAGAAGAAAGUCAUGAAUAUGUAGUGCCUCAUGGCAAUUGGUUUGAACUUGUCUCAUGUCCACACUAUUUGGCCGAGAUAGUUAUAUAUGCGGGACUAGUGGUUGCAAGUGGAGGAUCAGACGUGACAAUCUGGUUGCUGUUUGGUUUUGUGGUGGUGAAUUUGGUAUUUGUGGCAGCAGAAACACAUAGGUGGUAUCAUAGUAAAUUCGAUGAUUAUCCACAGAGCCGGUAUGCUGUCAUCCCAUUUUUUUUCUAAUGCAUGUUGCUGAUUUACAAGUUUGUACAGAAGAGGCAGCAAAUUGCCAAGAGGUGAGUUAGGAUCAUGGGUUUCUUAACCAGCUGUUGUUUAAUCUGGGUCUGCUAGAUAUGAGUGUAGGAGGAGUUACUUCUGCGCAGUCAUAAGAAUGACAAAGUUGAUGUAAAGAUGGAUGACUGAUGGAUCUUCUUCUUUUUGUUCUUUUUUGUGUAAUUCGUUUGCUAGCGAAAAAGAGUAAAAAGCAUUAGAAGCUCUUGCAUCAUCCUGACUAGUGCAUGCUUAUUGCUGCAAAUUAAAAUAGUGACUGGAUCAAAUUUAUCGGGAACGUAUGACUCUGGACAAAGCUCCCAGGGAAAGGGGAAAAGGGGAAAUUACACAAUUUGAAUUCUUAAAUAUCAUACUUUGACUACCCGUUCUUUAAACUCAGAUGUAAGUUAUGUUUAGUU